AUUGUUAUAUUGCACAAUAAAGGAAGUGCUGCCUCUUUGAUGGGCUCAGCUGAAUUACAACUGAUGUGCUGGGCGGCUCCAAAAAAAAAUGCGGACAUGGAUUACCAUACAGUAAUUAGCAAACAACGAGACAUUCUUCAAAAAGGUGAGAUAGUUGGAUCGCGUGCUGUUACAAAGGUAUUUACAUUCCAAGAAUUUUUAAGACAGUCUUGUGUGGAAAUCAGAUACCAGGCAUACUGUCAGAGUGUACAGUGACCUAAAAGUAUAUAUAUGUUUGUAUGUAGUCCUCAUUCAAUUUUUUGCAUAUUUCCAUCAAAUCAAACAAAACAUUUGUAAAUAUAUUCAUAACUUUGGCUAUCUCAGCAAAGACAAAGCACGAACAAACCUGAAAUAAAAACAGAAAAUGCUGAUAAAACUGAGCAAGUUUGGCAGCAUCUGCGGAAAGAGAAACAGAAUUAACAUUUAGAGUCCAAUGAGUCAUCUUUGAAACUGAUGCACAAACUGAUACAAUUCCAAAAAAACGUUUUUGGACUUGAAAUGUUAACUCUGCUUCUCACUGUUUUUAUUUCAGGUCCUCAGCAUCCAUAGUAUUUGGCCUUUAUUGGAAACCACUGAACUGGGAAGAAUUUAAAUAUGGAAUUGAUUUUUUUCCUUCAAAGACAGAAUUUAUUAAUAGCAUUUUUUAAAAGUACAUUACAAAACAUCCUGACAUGAAAAUUACAUAAAGUACAAUAAAAUUCAGGAUGUUCCCAUGCAGCAUGGUCCAUUCUUAGGCACCAAGAGAUUUGGCAAAUCUGGAACUCUCUCCCUAAAAGGUUUUGAAUGCUGGGUGUCAAUUGGAAUUUUCAAGAUUGAGUUUGAUAGGUUUUUUUUGGGUGAGCAUAUGGUGGAAAAUAUCUUUGCGAUUUCACUUCUGAACAGUCCAGUUCUAAUUUUUCAAUGUGUUGGACUCUGGUAUCAGAUGAAAUAAUUUCCCUCUAAUUUCCAUAACAAAUCUUUAUGAUUUGACACACCUCUCUGUCAAAGUGCCCUCAAACAUUCUAUGAACUAAAAUAAAUAUAAGCCAUCUUUAUGAAAGCUGAGCUCAUAAUGUAACCUUUUAAGCCCUGGUAUAAUUUUGGUGAGUCUACACUGCAGCCCCUCUCAUAGCCCAAUGUAUCUUUUUGAAUCUUACACUGUCCAAAUCCAAGUGUAGUCCUCCAGAAAGCAACUAGGCAAGGUUCUCUGGAACUGAAUAAUAACUUGUAUCCACUUUUUAAUCCAAGCCUGGAGAUAAAGGCCAUUAUACGAUUAACCUUUUAGAUAGCCAUGUGUAUCUCUGUACUACAUUUUAAUGACUUAUCUAUUUGGACACUCAGGUUUUCUUUCCUCUUCCAGGGUCUAUUAUCAUUCUCUUAGAAUAAGAAUACAUUCUGAUUUAUCAUUCUUGAAUCCACAGCAAGUGAACUCCCACUUCCAAACAUUGAAUUCCAAAUGUCACAGCAUCACUGACUCACUCAAUCUUUCUUUGCCUUACGUACGUUCCGGCUCCCACCUUUGUUAACUUAUUGGACAUAGAAAUUCACCUGUUUACCUUGCCAGUGAACUCUUUAAACAAUUUAAACUAGAUUAUGACAUUUCCUAACCUGCACACAGAUUCUGAGCAGUUCAGUAUACUGUUCAUACACUUUGUCCUCAUAUUUUACGCUUAUUUUUCUAGUUGUCUGAGCAAAUUUCGCAAAGGUAAAAUAAUUACAUUUGAAUUCCGACUGGAUCCACAGCUGAGGUAUAAAUGUUACUGUACAAUAUUGCUUCAUGCAGUGGGAUUGAGAGAAAGACAGCGGGAGACGGAGAGCAGUCAGUCAGACAGAGAGAGAGAUCGGCUGGGAUCAGUCAUCCAUCCUGUUAGAGAAUUUAAUUCUCAGCCCUGGGUGCAGUGAGCUCAGCUGCUGUCGAGAUCCUACUAAAGAGCGCUGAACCCCUAAGACAUACAUAAUGCCUGUGGGGUUAAUAACAGCUGCUGGACGCCGUUACGAAUCCAGGUAUGAAAGAGACUCAUCGAUCAUCCUGUGACUGCUCCGAUCCAGGGACACGGGCAGGAGCUGCGGCCGCAGCGAGGGACACGGAGUAGGAAAGGAGCCGGGGGCAAAGCCGAGACCGUCACAGCCCCAGACUAAGCUCUACCUUUAUCUCACAGACGUCGAAAGCGGGGUCCUCAUGAUAAGUGCGGCCUUGGGGAUGAUCUCUGACGGUCGGUGGGAGUGAAAGUCACAGCCUCUGGCUACUGAUCAAUCGCUGGAUUCUUUACUGGUUGUGGGAAGAUUAGAAAGGAUCUAAGACUAAACUUGAAUUCGGAGAAUGCUGUGGGAAGUCGCUCCAUAAUCAAAGACAAUAUUCCCCAUCUUCAUCCACGGAACAUAAGAAGGGUCUAGGCCCGAAACGUCGGCCUUCCUGCUCCUCUGAUGCUGCGUUCAUCCAGCUCUACACCUUGUUAUCUCACAUACAGGACUGAUACUGGAGAAUAAAGCAGCGACUAGGCCACAAUUUCCUAGCAAUGAACAGACAUCACAUCCGGUCACAGUGAAUUUGGUGACGUAAUUUCCGUCAUGGUGAAGCCUGCCCAGGACAAGGGAUAGUCGGGUCAGAGAGAGGUUGGAGGUCCCAAUCUGCCGGAUCCCCCUUCUUUUCCUUUUAGGCAUUCCUUCUGUGUCUUACUAUUCCUAGGAGUUAUGGUCGGUUCGAGCCGCGGUUCUCGUUCGUGAUAAUCCCUCACUGAUGCUGCCCACCAAAGACCAGGAGAACGCGGGGUCUUCCACAGAAGUGGAAGAGAUCGGAAUGGACCGAGAAGCCGCCAGUUCCAUGGACCUCUCCGAGAUCCUGAAGGAAGGAACAAAGGAGUCUCAUGAUCGUGCAGAGAACACUCGAUUUGUGAAAGAGUUCCUGAAAGGCAAGAUUCGGCGAGAACUGUUUGAGUUGGGCACGGUUGCCCUCUACUUCACCUACUCGGCGCUGGAGGAAGAAAUGGAUAAAAAUGCAGACCAUCCCGGGUUUGCUCCCCUUUAUUUCCCGCUUGAAUUGCACCGCAAGGAUGCUCUGGCCAAGGACCUAGAGUACUUCUAUGGGAAAGACUGGCAGGAUCAGAUCAAGUGUUCAGAGGCCACAGCAAGCUAUGUAGAGCGGAUCCAUCAUGUGGGGAAGCAUGAGCCUGAGUUGCUGGUGGCACAUGCCUAUACCCGCUACAUGGGUGACCUGUCAGGAGGUCAGGUGUUGAAAAAAGUGGCGCAGAGAGCACUGCAUUUGCCCAGCAGUGGAGAGGGUGUGCAAUUCUACACUUUUGACAACAUUUCCCAUCAUGCUCGAUUCAAGGAGCUGUAUCGAUCCCGGUUGAACACUUUGGAGACCACUAUGGAGAUCAGGGAGAAGAUUGUUGAGGAAGCCAACCGAGCCUUUCGCUUCAACAUGGAGGUUUUUGAAGAAUUGGAUAAGUUUGGAAAAACCCUGGGGGAAGUCCAUCAGGAAUCUGGGGUCCCUCUCCAUGAUGGAAAAGGCGAUGUCCGGAAGUGCCCAUUCUAUGCUGCAAAAGGUGAUGGUGAAAUGGGGUGCCCACUGCACUCUAUCAUGGCUGUGGUGCAGAGCUGUCCUUUCCAGCUGGUAGUAGCUGCUGUCCUGGCACUUUCUGCUGGUUGGUAUCUGCUGUGAUGUUUACAGCCAUUACCAUGGACUGGCAACAAAGUGAUGCAAACCUUUCCCAAUUGAGACAUCCCGUCUUUACUACUGAUUGAAAUGCAGCUGAAUUCUCGCAGGACUAGCCAUGAGUCCAGAGCCUCAACACCUAUCCAAUUCCUCUCCCUUUGCAGCAUAUGGCCACGGACAUAGGCCCAUUAACUCAGCUCAACAUUUUGCUGUGUUUAAUUGUUGUGUUUAAUUAGUGUUCAGGUAUGGACCACUGUAUACUGGCAGUGGUGGAGCAAGAUGUAAAUAUAGCUGGCUUGAAAUGCAGAAUCUCGCUUGUGAUAACCUUCCUGAAUUGUUCACUGUAGUCCUCACUGUCACUUCUAGCAGCUGUUUUCAGAGAAAGUAAGAUUUUCUAAUUUACUUUGAAUGAACACAGUUGAUUUUAAAAACCUCAGACAGAUAACGUUCCACUAUGUACCUCAGAACAGUGACCUCAACAAAAUGGAGAAUUGUUGGAAAACUCCCAUGUUCCUAGCUCAGUAGUCACCUCCUUGUGGAUCCAGGCCCUGACUGAUUUCCUAGGUAUUGCCUGGUUGAGAUGCAAUUAAAUGUAAAAUUUCACUUUCUUUAAUUAGUGAUUGGACUUGAAUAAUUUCAGUAAGUGUGUGCCAUUGUAUUUAUGCACAUGAUUAUUAAAUGUUGUAAUGAGU